GACAAUGGAUCCGAUGCGGGCCAUCAUGACACAUGCGUCCUGUAUGAGGCCGCGCUGACGGCGCUAACUGAUUACAUCAUGACCGGUCUGUGAUUUGGACCCAACCUAGCGCCCCAGCAUAAUUAAUUCAUGGUACCACUUUGUACUUUCCUGUUGUCACAUUUCCUUGCUGUCAUAUCCCUUUACUACCACCUAUCGCGCGGUUCCGUAGCGCAGCAUGUUGAUACUCCUCUCCAAUCGCUUCUUCUCCCUUUCACACAAGUUCUGACUCUGCCCCUCACCCAAAUAGGUCCCAUGCUCGGACUCCCGCGCCCACACGAUUCCGUCUCCCCAGCGUCGUACGCGAGCCGCCCUACGUCGUCCUCAUUCGAGGAUUCGUCUGCGGGACUCCCAGCAUCGUCUGCGAACCCGGGUACUAAUGUGCAUAUGACUACACAGCCAAUGGGACAUACUGCCAGUUCGUCGAUGUCAACUGUUACCCCUGGAUCGCCACCAAUCGCAGCAACGCCACAACAGCAACGUGUGCCGAUGCCCCAGCGCCGUAUCAUGCCAAUUGCCUCACAGACAACGACGAUGACGACGGCUCAGGCAGGUCCUGCACGCCCUCCAGUCCUACCAAAGCCGCCCGCCCCUCGCCCUGCGCCAAACCGAAGACGCGCUCCGAAGCGAGCAAGGCCAUCGACAUCUCAAGGCGGGGGUGGGGGCGGAGACAGUGACGAUGAUAGUGAUGAUGAUGAUAUAGUAGAAUGGGGUGGCCCAUCUGCACCUGCGCAAGGCGCGGCUACAGGGAUGCCGGGUCAACGCAAAACGGGGGCAUGUACACAUUGCAAACGUCUGAAGGUACGUUAUCUUCCUCUUCCCUGCACUUCCUUCCCAUAUACUGUGAUGCUACGAUCUGAAUGCUUACCAAAUCCUCGUUUUCUUCUCCUAUUCACUGAUGAAUUGAUAACAUUGCAAUCUACGACAUGAUGCAUUUGGUCAUGAUCUCAUGCUGUCUCCGGUGCCCUUUUGCUCCGAACAUCCCUCAACGUUGACAUCUGCCUCGACGGAAACUCGUGCCUUUACUCUCUACCCCCUUUUGGACUGACGCUUCCUUUGUGGGCUUUGCACGGCGUCUUCAUUGCUACUGCAACUGACAUCUCUUAACCUCCGGUGUUGGCUCGUACAUCAUUCACACCUGUGGUCUUCCAUCCAUAUCAUCUAUUAUGUUCAUCUCCUAUUUUGCUAUUCGGUUCCGCCGAUAUCGUUCCACUCGGCACGACUCAAAUGUGCGAACAUAUGUACCCCGCACCCCCGUGCGCCGUAAUACCGGCUCCU